AUGAUAAGGGUACUUUGCAAUAAUAAGAUAGCAAGACUCAAGCUGUUGAACAGAUCUUUUAUUAUUUUCAGGCCUCAAAAUUACUUUCAUGCUGGUAUUUUGUUUAAGAAUCAAAUUGGUCAAAUUUCACUGAACAAAAUUAAAACCUUUCCAAAUUUAAAUCAAGAUUUUCAACAGAAUCUCGAUCUGAAAAUAGUCAAUGACAAAUUCACAAAAAAGGUUUCGAAAAAUCCAAUAGUGGUAUUCAAUGCGCCAGACAUCAAUUCGAAGGAAGACUUAAUUGAGAAAACUAGGCUGAGACUUAAUUUGAGAAAUGAAAUCCUCGAUAUUGAUCCACAAUCUUUGACUUUAACCAAAUUCGCAAAAGAACCAGAUUCAAUUUUUUUUCUUCAAAACCUUGGAACUGAAAAGGAAAAAUUUAUUAGCAGUUAUGAAUUUUGGGAUUUUGUAUUUACCACGAACAAUGAGUUGUUAUUCAAACAACUUUUGAAUUUAAUAACUAAAACCUCUGAGAACGAUGAUUGUUCCAUAGAUUUGCGUGACGGUUCAUUUGAUUCUAUCAUAAAGAUGAUUUUUUUAAUUAAAAAUCUUGUAUUGGAUAAUAUAAUAAACAAACCUCUUUUGACUUACAAUUUGAUAAGUAAUUUGAAGCUUUUGUUUCGGAUAUACAAAAACCAAUUAAGUUGUUCUUCAGAAAAAUCUAUUUUGCAAAUAUAUUUUUUUAUUGAAAAUCAAAUUUUCGAAGAAAUCAAAGAAGCCAUUGAAUUUGGUUCUGAAAAUCAAAGCGUCAUAAACAACAAUUCAAUCAAAUUAACCUUAUUAAGAGAAAUUUUUUUUCCAAACUCUACUUUUUCAAAAACUUCAAUAACAUAUUUAUUCAAUUAUUUGGCUAAUCAAAAUAUAGAUCACAAAGAAAUUUUUAAAGUAUUCGACACACUUUCAGUUUAUGUUAAUUUGAUUCUUAAAGAUUCAAUUGAAAAUAAUGUCAAGUAUUUAAAAAACGAUCCCGGUAAUAUAUCAAACCUUUUAGAAUUGAAAAAAUUUAUAAUUAUUUUGCAUCCGUUUUUUUACCAUCGUUUAUUUCAAACUCUACCAGUUAAUGAGUAUGAGAAUUUUUUUAUUAGAUUAAUUAAUAAUAAUAUCAUAACUUUCCAAACAAACAAACACUUUGACAAAGUGUUGCAUCCUUUUUAUAAUCAUCUUUUGUCCUCUAAUUUAAACUUAUAUUCUCUAACUCAUUUAGAUAUCAAAAAUUUGUUAAUUUUACCACAAUUAGACAUUGAAUCAAACCUAGGGUUUGAUUAUAAGCUUUCUCCAAGGACCGAUAAUAAGCCAGAAUCAAGCGUUAAAAAUAAAUCCCUUGCAGAAAUUAACAAUGAAAUAAUACAUCAAUCCAUAAUUGACCUGAAAUUAGAAUUGUUAUAUUCUUUUAAACAAUUAUCAAGAAUAACCAAAAAUAAACUUAAAGAGUAUCAGUAUUUUCAAAGAUCGUAUCACUUGACUUUUAAACUGUCCAAGACAAUUGCGUCAAAAGAAAUUUAUAGAACAAAUUUUGAGAAAUUCAAAAUACAAAUAAAUCAAUUGCUUCGAGUCACACAAAAACGAUACGAAUAUGAAUUUUCAAAAAUGACCGUUGAAAGUCAAAAAGAUUUUUUAACUUCAGAUUAUAUUUUCAUUAAUUUUAUUUUUUUCAGUUUAAUUAAUUCCAGUAAACUUUUAGCUUUCAUUUUUCAGCAGAUGAAAAAAGUACAUUAUGACAGUAGAGUGAAACUUUUCAAGAUGGUUUUAUCUUUAGUUAAACAAUUUAGAUUAUCUGAAUUACCUAGAAUUUCAUUGGUAUUGAUUAAAAGUAUUAUUGAAAAUAUAGAAACUUUUGGAAAAUUAAACGAUACCGACAUUUCUAUAUUAACAGUUGAAUUGUUAUGCACAUUUCAAAAGAACUUUUCAAGAGAUUCUCUCAACUAUUUGAAUAGUUUUAUUAAAGUAUUUGAUGACAAAGUUUUUUUAAAUAAUUUCAAAUCAAAUUUUGAAAUAUUGAAAUAUUUCCAGGAUACCGAAAUGAAUGAAGUUAUUGAUGGGACGGUUUUUUCAUUGUUAAACCAGUUGGGAUUGGUUGAGUAUUAUCAUCAUCAUCAAAAGGUUGAGCCUAUAUCAUUUUUAGACGUUAAGAGUUUUGAAUAUUAUAUUGAGAAUCUAAAAGUAUUAAAUCCUGACUUUGGGAACAAGCUAUCAUUGAAAACAAGUUUGAUAACAAAGGAGUUCAAAAUUCAUUAUCUAAAUAUUUUUUACAAACAGACACUAUUUUACUUAAGUCUUGAAAAAAGCAUGCAUGCUAAGGAGAGGGCACAUACAAUAUUAUCGUUUUAUAAUUCAUAUAAAGAUACAAUUAUUAAAACGCAGACAUAUAUUUCAAAUAAUCCACAAGCCAGGUAUUUAAAAACACAUCCAUUUCAUCCAGAUAAUUUAGAUAUUGGUAUAGUUAAUUUAUUUUUAAGUGAGCUAUUUGUUAUUGAAAGAUUGGGAAUUUGUUUUCUCAAGAUAUAUAAUGACUAUCUUUUGUCGAUAAUUUCAAAAAAAAUUGUUUCAAAUUCCAAAAAGAAGUUUGAUGAUAAGUUUUUUGAGCAUAUCAUAAUUGGGACUAUUAAAUUCAAAAUCAUGAAUCAGAAUUUCAACAAAGAUAACUGGAAUAAGAAAAUUGAAGAGAUAGACAAGUGUAUUAAAAUUACUGAGGUUAUGACUAAAUCGUUCAAUUUAAAGGUCACAAAUGAAAGUAUGAAUUGGAUAAUAAUUGGAUAUGAUCGAUUAAAGUUGUCUAAAAAAGCGUAUCAAUGGUAUUGUAAAUUGACCGAUAAUUUAAAAGACUUUCUGUCUUUGCGUAACUUUGAUGUUAUCAAUAUUGCGAAGAUCAAUAAAUGGCAGUAUCCAACAAGAUUUAAACUAACGAAAACACACCUUAAGAAAAAGGACCAUAUUGAGUUGGCAAACUAUAACAUAAAGGAAAAUGAACUUGGAGAAAAUAGCAUUUUUUAG